AUGGAGAUCUCACUUGCGUCGGUAACAGUUUCAAUAGCUAUAGCUCUUGUGUCCUGGUGGGUAUGGAGAACUUUGAAUUGGGUUUGGUUCAAACCAAAGAUGCUCGAGAGUUACCUGAGAAGACAAGGUCUUUCCGGUACUCCUUACACACCUCUCGUCGGCGAUUUGAAGAAGAAUUUCACCUUAUUGACGGAAGCAAGAUCCAAACCCAUCAAACUAACGGAUGAUAUCCAGCCACGUGUCGUCCCUUUUCCCUUGCAAAUGCUCAAAACUCACGGAAGGACCUUCUUUACAUGGUUUGGACAUAUACCAACCGUCACAAUAAUGGAUCCUGAGAAAAUCAAGGAAGUGUUCAACAAAAACAAUGAUUUCCCGAAGACGCAUACGUUCCCAUUGGGAAGACUGAUAGCCACUGGAAUCAUUAUGGGACCAGCUUUCAACCAAAGCUGCAGCGAGGUUGUUGGCGAAUGGGACAAGUUAGUGUCUGGUCAUAAAGGGUCGUCGUCGUCGUCAUGUGAGGUUGACGUUUGGCCUUGGCUUGUGAGUAUGACUGGAGAUGUGAUCUCUCCUACUGCUUUUGGCAGCAGCUACAAAGAAGGACAGAGGAUAUUCGAGCUCCAAGCAGAGCUAGCAAAGCUCAUCAUUCAAGCUUUUCGUAAAGCUUUCAUCCCUGGAUACAAGACGUUUAGAGAUUGA